CCUCACCGCCACGUAUCCUCUCCGAAUGUUUCGCGCUGGCGUGAAAAGGAGGCGAACAAAAUCAACCCUAAACGCUUGAAGAAAGAACAGAAAGAGAAGGCAAGCAAGAGAGUGAGAGUGUGUGUGCGCCAGAGAGAUUAGUUUAAAGGCCAAAAAAAAAAGGGGGGUUUUUCACCGAGAUCGGGAGAAGCUUACAGGGCCCCAGAAGCAACACACUCCAUACGCCGACGAAAGCUCGCGGAAGACGUUCGCUCCAGACCAGUGGCCCGAGUCGGUGUGCGCCCAGUGCGUGUGCGCGUGUGUGUGUACAGUGAAUUUUCCUUGCUGUCCUGUGCUGUGCUCAUCCCGAAAAAGAAGCAGGUUUUUCGGGUUUUACGGGCACAGCUGCCACCAUGUGGUGGAAAACAGUGUUGUGUGAUAAUACAAGUUAGUGUGUGGGCCAGGUGCGUUUUUCCAGUUUCUGCAGGUAGAUCAGUGUGCAGUGAUUUUGUGUGUGUGUGUAUGAAGUGUGAGCUUUUCAGCUGCGUGUUGUGAAUACAAAAAAAACAUCGCACAUACACACAAACACGGAUGUGAGCUGUGUGAGCGCCUCCGGAAAUAGGUGGCCCGGAACGUCGUUCGAGUGUGUAACUAAAAGGGAAAAAUAAGAAGAAGAACAAAAUAUCACACUCCGAACUCCUCCUCACUUCACUCCUACAAGGGAUGGUUCGGCUUGCGGCCAGUUUGCCGUGGGCAGUCGGAUACCCUACCGCAGCCUUCGCGUUCGCCACGCCACGAACCCGAUAACGCCCGGACCGACGGAUCGGUGGGUUUUAUGCAAUCGCCGGCGACCGGCCCGUAACGCGUGGCAUGGUGAGCAGCAGUAUGGUGAGGAGUGGCCCUGCGGGCAGUCCAAACGUGGCAGUGAAAAUGGCCGUCGGGACGAUUUACCAGCGGCCGGUGGAGGUGUACCCGUACGAUAGUGGCGAGCUGGGGGGAGCACCCACCGUGGUGGUGUUGGCCAGUGUGUACCAAGUUUAGGCCCUCUGCUGGAAUGUGUUCUAGUGUUCCGUUUUGUACGUCAUCUAUCCCACAGCACUACGCUUCUUUGUGACGCUUCUUUUGAUUUUCGGUGAAGCAAAAAAAAAAACAAAAAAAAACUUCCGGAAAAAGCAUCACAAAUGUACGCAAACAGCUUCUCGGUGCGAAAAACAAAUACCCAGGCCGUGCCCUGAAAGGAACACGCAGGGUGUACGCGUGUCGUAGUGGUGUGGUAGCUGCUAUUUCGUAACAGCCCCGAGUAGUAGUCGCCCCCGGUGCGCGGUUUGGGGCACGCGAUGGGGACGCCCAGUAGUGUGAGGGAUGCUGUGAAUUGCUCAUCCUGUGAAGCUCGUGCGUGCAUCGGCCUUGCUGAAAAGUGCAUCGUGAAAACGAACGCUCAAAACGUUUAAAAGAAAAGUGUGCAAAAAAAGGGGGGAGAAAAAAGCGAAACACAUACGACAGAAAACGGCGACGUAAAUCCAGCCUUCGCGUUCCAGCGCACGUUCCCGUUUUUCCCGGUGCGAGAGAGCGUGGAGUGAGUUUGCACCCCGUAGGACGGGCGCAGCCCAUUUUUGCACGUACGCAGCCCAGCAGGCGAAGGUCGCGUACUACGUGUAACCGUGUGUGUGUGUGAGCGUGAGCGCGGUGAGCGCGCGCCUUUUCUCACGCGCUAAGUGGUGAGAAGAAAAAAUAAAGCGACAAGGGAGCGGAGGAGAGCUGCGUAAUGCAUGGUGCGGAGGAGCUGUGCGGAUUUACAGCAGCUUCCCGUUGUCGUGCUGUGUUGCCAGUGCGCCAAUUUACGCGAAAACGGAAGCUGCAAAGCAUAAAACGCCAACUAGAGCACAACGCAACCACAAUACACGCGAAGUGGUGAAAAUAAAGUCCGAACGCUAGUGAGAGUGGUGAGUGAGCGAGUGAGUGGUGAGUAAAACAGAGGUAGUAAAAGAAGAAACAACGGUAGCCGAAAGAAAAAGCUCUUUACGGGGAUGGAAAUCGGAAGAACAACAAACAACCUGCCGCACAGUGAGUUUAGCGGACGGUGUAGACUUUCGGCGAACGUGCCACGCAAGAUGGCGUCCGCUAGUGGUGGUGGUAGGUUGCGCCCCAGUGUGCUGCUGACCCUUUUGGUGGCCGUACUGCUGGCCCCAGCGGUGUACGCUCAGCGUCCGCUCGGGAACUCCACGUUCGGGGCGUCCCACAACUCGUCCGGUGUCAUCAACGCCCAUCCGGUGCUGACCACCAGCACCACCACCACGACCGAGACGCCCCGUUCCGUGCUGCCGGCCUCCGCGUCCGGCUUUGAAGAUUCAUUCGAAGACGACAGCUCCGAUCUGGAGGAGCACGAACACCACGACGAACACCACGACCAUGAGCAUCAUCUGCACCACCAUUACGAGCAUCAUGAUGGAGGUGAAAGUGGACACGGUAGCUUCCCGCACCCGAACGGGGAGAUGAAUGCCGGUGCAAGCCGGAACGGUGGACACGACGGUGCUCCGAUCGGAUCGCGCCAACCGGGCAGCCGGUUAAUAAAUCCGUACUUCCCGACGCCCGCCUCGACGCAGGGCGGUUCGAAGACGACGGAACCGCAGAACCGGCGCCCGUUCAAUCCGGCCCGACCCGGGCGCGGUCGCAAAACGUCACCGAUUAACGAGCUGCGCAAGCUGAGCAAAAUCUCCACCACCAACAUGAACGGGCUCGACUCGGGCGGUGAGCCUAUUUCGUACGGUUCGACCACGCACCGCCGUGGCCAGACGGUGCAUCAUGGGGGAGCGAACGCGUACGGGCAGGAGAGUGCUGGUGGAGCUGCCGGUAGUUCUGCUGCAAGUGGUUCCGAUGCGGGAAGAGGAGGAGCUGGUGGUGGUGGUGGUGGUGGUGGAGGCACCGUCCUACAGGGAGGACGUGGUGCAGCCGACUACGGCAAUCGUGGCCGGUCGGAUCCGGGCCGUGGGGUUGGCGUUCUGAUGCAAUCGCCCGGCUACUACACGUCCGGCUCGUCCUACAGCCGACAGGGUGAUGAUCCACUGCGGACACUGAGAGCGCGUUACAACGAGGAGCGUUACCACAACUCCGUCCCCGAUCAGGGCUCCGAGAUGGACGAGAUACUCGGCAUGAAGUGCAACUUCGAGACGGAGUGUGCCUGGACGUGGGAUGAGAACGAUCAGCACGGAUUCCAGGUGGUGACGGGCGUCAACCUAACGGAAUCGAACCGCACCGGGCUGAUGCCGGGACCGGGUGCCGAUCCGGCCCACAAUGCAAACGGCCACUUUCUGCAUCUGCGGCUCACGCAGGACAGUCAGCCGCAAAUUCUCACCUCGCCGAUUUUCGGUGCCACGAAGGAAAACUGCUACCUGGAGGUGUUUACGCACCAGAGCGCGAUGCAUCAUGGGAGCAUACGGAUCGUGAUCGAGACGAUCGGCAACCAGGAGUCGAGCUGGGUGCCGGCCGAAAUUAUGGGCAACGAUCUGCGCCGCUGGCAGCUGAACACGUUCCGCAUCGAUCGCAUCUCGAAGGACUUUAAGGUGCUGUUCGAGGUGGUACCGAACAAGCUGGGCGGACAGGCGCGUGGGCACGUGAGCAUCGAUAACUUGCGCAUGGUGAACUGCUUCCCGGACUCGAUCAGCACGAACAACUGCAGCUACUCGCAGGUGCAAUGUACGGACAACAAGCUCCCUGUGUGCAUCAAAACACCAAAGAUCUGUGACAUCACAGUAGACUGUGACGACAAUGAGGAUGAAACGUUGAAUUGCGAUAAAAUCCCGUUUGGUGGCCGCUGUGACUUUGAGUCGGGUUGGUGCGGUUGGCAGAACUACGGCAAUGUGAUACUAUCCUGGGCUCGACACUCCGGUCCAACGCCAACAGAAAAGACGGGCCCCGAUGUGGACCACACGCACGAAAACUCGAACGUCACCGGGUACUACAUGUUCGUCAACAUGAACCAGCACGCGAACGAUAGUGAAAAGAAGUCACUGGUCGGGUUAGCGAGCAAUGCCAUCAUGAACAGUGUCGUCUUCAACCCACCGCCGCUGGUACACACGAACGCAAGCUCACCGUACCGGAACUCCUGUGUGGUACGGUUCUACGUCCACCAGUACGGCAUGAACCCGGGCAGCAUUAAUCUGUCCAGCGUGGAGAUCCGCGAGAAGGAAAACUUUACCACCACGCUGUGGUGGAGUUCGAAGAACUUGGGAGAGGAUUGGGUUCGGGUGGACAUAAUUCUGCCCAACAUUACGACGAAGUACUAUCUGCAGUUUGAGGCGCGGAUGGGUAUGCGCAUCUUUUCCGAUGUGGCGAUCGAUGACUUUUCGCUCAGCCCGGAGUGUUUUGGGUUGAAUAUACCGGCCGAACAUCUGCAGGGGUACAACUAUUGGGAUCCGCGCAUAGGCGGGGCGAAGCAACCGCACAAGGAUUUCGUUGGGAAGUCAUUCCUGGAACUCAACACCUGCGGUGCCAAGGGUCAACAAGGUCCUACGCCGGCCGAUUGUCUGUCGUCGUACAACAACACGGAAGCGUUCAGUGCAGUUCACGUGAUCGAUAGUCACCCGUUCAAGGGCAUCCAGGCGUGGAAGGUUCCCAAUGAGGGUUACUACACAAUCAUCGCUAAAGGUGCAGGUGGUGGUCUUGGGUCCGGUGGUGUUGGCUCAUCCCGCGGCGCAAUGGUACUGAGUGUGCUGGAGCUUCACAAGGACGAGGAGAUCUACAUCCUGGUUGGACAGAGCGGUGAGCACGCGUGCAUCAAAUCGAUGGGCUAUCGGGACGAGUCGUGCGAGACGCGGAACAAACAGCUCAACCUCGACACGACCUGGAUGCACUCGAAGACGCAGCAGGUGAAGAACACGAUCAUCGAGGAAGGUGCCGGUGGAGGUGGUGGCGGGACGUACGUGUUUUUGUUGAACUCAGCAAAUACGGCAGUUCCGCUGCUGGUUGCCGGUGGUGGUGGAGGACUCGGCGUUGGCCGUUACCUGGACGAUGACAUUCAGCAUGGCAAGAAGUAUCUGUCGUUCAAGAAGGAUGUGUCGGGUACGGCGCACGGGGAAUCGACCCGACAGGCCGGCCCGGGUGGUGGUUGGCGUGCCCAGGCUGAUAUGGGGCUGGAUCCACACUAUGGGGCGUCGCUGCUGGAGGGUGGCCGUGGAGGACUCCCUUGCUAUACGCCGCGUGGAACUCACGGACAAGGUGGCUUUGGAGGCGGUGGUGGAGGAUGUGAUACGGGCGGUGGUGGUGGUGGAUAUUCCGGCGGUGAUACGAUGAUCAAUUCCACGAAUGGUGAGGGCGGUUCGUCGUUUAUGGCAUCGAAGCGCAACGUGCCGGAGCUGUCGAUGGAAUUUUCCGGUGCAAACGGUGGCCAUGGUGCGGUGUUGAUCAUCCCUGCGAUACAGGGCUGCGGAUGUGACUACCGGUGUGUGGCGUUGGACGAGUACCGUGCCACUGUGGGGUGCAUCUGUCCCGACGGGUGGACACUGAAACCGGACAACUAUACUGCGUGUGAAUUGCCCACGGAAGCCGUGGAAAUGAAGUACCUAAUAAUGUUCUUUGUCGUCGUCGUGCUCGUGCUUUGCGCUGCACUGGCCAGUCUUAUAUUGAUACUCUAUAAUCGUUACCAGAGAAAGCGUCAGGCGGCACUGCGCCACAAGAUGCUGCUCGAGCAGGACCUGCAGCUGAGCCGGCUGCGCAGUACGGCCGACGACUCGGCACUGACCAACUUCAAUCCGAACUAUGGUUGUGAUGGCAUACUGAACGGGAACGUGGAUGUGAAGAGUCUGCCACAGGUCGCUCGUGAAAGUUUGCGUUUGGUGAAAGCCCUUGGGCAGGGUGCUUUCGGUGAGGUGUAUCAAGGUCUGUACCGCCACCGGGACGGCGAUGCGGUGGAGAUGCCGGUCGCGGUAAAAACCCUGCCCGAAAUGUCGACCGGACAGGCAGAGUCGGACUUCCUGAUGGAGGCGGCCAUUAUGGCCAAGUUUAACCAUCCCAACAUCGUGCAUCUGAUAGGCGUUUGUUUCGAUCGACAUCCUAGGUUUAUUGUGCUGGAGCUGCUUGCUGGCGGAGAUCUGAAGAACUUCCUCCGGGAAGGUCGCAAUAAACCGGAACGUCCCUCGCCACUAACGAUGAAGGAUCUGAUCUUCUGUGCGCUGGAUGUAGCGAAGGGCUGCCGGUACAUGGAGAGCAAGCGCUUCAUCCACCGGGACAUCGCCGCCCGGAACUGUCUGCUCAGCAGCAAAGGGCCGGGCCGGGUGGUGAAGAUUGCCGACUUCGGUAUGGCCCGUGACAUCUACCGCUCCGACUACUACCGCAAGGGUGGCAAGGCGAUGCUGCCGAUCAAGUGGAUGCCACCGGAAGCGUUCCUGGACGGUAUCUUCACCUCCAAGACGGACGUCUGGUCGUUCGGGGUGCUGCUGUGGGAGGUGUUCAGCUUGGGCCUGAUGCCCUACACCGGCCUGCCCAACCGGGACGUGAUGCAGCUGGUAACGGGUGGCGGUCGGCUCGACGCUCCCCAGGGCUGCCCGAUGGCCGUGUACCGCAUUAUGGCGGAGUGCUGGAAUCCAACGCCCGAAGAGCGGCCAACGUUCUCGAAUCUGCUCGAACGGUUGACGACCUGCACGCAAGACCCGGAGGUGAUGAACGCACCGCUACCCAGCUUCUUCAGACCACCGUCGAAUGAGCGUGACACGACGAUAAUGCGUCCGCCCGGGAACGAUGACUUCUGUCUGCAGGUGCCCAACUCCUCCGACUAUCUGAUACCGCUGCCGGGUCCACGCUCAGUAGCGGAGCGGCUUCUUAGCGAGGCGACCGGCGUCACCAUUCCGGACACGCUGAUGACCUGUACGCCGCCCAAGAACGCGUCCCCACGCAUCAUGAACGGCCACACGGUGGUGGUGUCGAAUGCGCUCGUCGGCCACGGUGCACCACAGCAACCGCCCAUGACGACCGUCACCGAUGGCGCCUGCUGGGAGACGUCCUUCAUACGCAAACACCCGGGCCAGGCAUGCCCGGCCGGUGUUCCCCUUCCACCGCCACCGGUACUCGAUCCCGCCGAAGCAGUCCUUCCACCGAACGGUCCGUCGAUGGUGCCGCCUCCGCCCGUACCCGAGGUGGCCGACAAGCUAAUAUCGCUCGACACACCGCAACAAACACCGACCGCCAUCCAGCCGCCCAUCUCGUUCAGCAACAAUCCGGUCAUCGGUGAGCUCGGGGAGGGAGUCCCACCUGCCCCCACCAACGGUGGACCGAUGACGAACGGUAACGGUCACGGUCACGGACCACCGAUGGUAGAAUCGCCGAUCGAGACGGCCAAGCUGCUGAGCAGCAUUCCGCCACCGAUCACGCUCGAUCCGGCUGCGCUUAGCAUGCAGCAGAACCACGUGGUCGGUACGUCGUACGCGAACAUCCGCAUGAUGAACAGCGCGAACGGGAAUGGCGCCGGCGGUGGCCAUAAUCACAGCAGCAGCAACAAUGGUAACAACAACAACAACCAUGGCGAUCAUGGUGUGAUCGUGGACAAGCUGAGCGGCACCGGAGGGAUGGUGAUCACGUACAGCAACGGUCCGACGGGUGUUAAUGGCGGUGUGAAUGGUGGUAAUGGCGGCAAUGGUGGCAGCAACCACAGCACGAACGGUCACCACGGCCACGGUGGCAAUGGGGGAGGCGACAAGGGAUCGGGCGGUUCCGGGCAGGAUCCGUCUCGGCAGGCGGCCCCGUUCACGAUUCAAACGUUCAGCGAGCGGUACAUUAGCCCGGAAAACCAUUCCGAGAUCAGCUGUUAAGAUGGAAGGGGGAGGGGGGAGAAAGGGGAAGUGAUAGCGAUCAAUCGAAAAAUGCCAAACCACAAAAACACAAAAACACAUAAACCACAAGCAAACACAUACACCCCGACACACUUAUAUAAAGUAUCAUUGGUGGACAUACAUUGGCCACUAAUUUGAAAAAGUAUUUCGUAACGAAAAUCAAUAUAUAUAUAUACAUAUGUAAUACUAUAUAAAGAAGAAUACACACAAACACACACAUAGUGACACACAGAUACAAAUAUACAAAUGCAUUAUUUGUACAUAUAUUUGCGUAAACUUAGUGAAAAUGGGAUGCAAACCAAACAAACACACACAAAAGUUGGACUAUAUUUAUAUGAGCAACACAUAACCCGCAGUGUUAGGUGGACAUGUUUGUAGGGUUGUCGCGGUAAGUGUGACAACAAACAAACAGAAAAAACAAAACAAACAUAAGUAACAUGAAUGUAAAACAGAUGGAACAGAAAAUGUUUUGCCCUUUUUUGUCCAAACCAGUCCACCGAGUGGAGAAAAACAAGACGAAACAAGUGUAUGUGUGUGCGAAGGGGUAAAAGCAAAACAACAAAACAAACACAGUACAGAGAGCAACUGAAAAGAGAACAAGGAAAGUUACUAGUAAAGGUACUGAAUUUGAUUAGAAAUAACACAAACUAACAUGGAAAGACAAGAAACAAAUUGAUACGAUAACGUCAAGAUCAGGAUAAACAGAUCAUAGAUUCUGCUGUAAAGUGUACAGCAACAGUAACCAAAACUGAGUUGUUUCAAAGCGUCCAACGCACAGUUUGUUGGGUGACCGUUCUUUUCGACCCUGCCCUCUCACAGAAACACACUCACAAAAAACGGGGGUUUCUCCGUACAGAUGGCGUCUUGGGCGAGUAUUACUGUAGCAGGACGAAAUUUGUUACAAAACCAAAUGAAAUGAAGUGCUCAGAGAGGUGGGAGGGGGGGAGUUGAACAAGGUAUUCCGGCGUGUCAUUAGCUAGGGGACGAGAGCUUAUCCCACAUUUUAACAACGACAAAUUCACACCAAUUAAAAGAGAGAGGGGGGUAGAAAGCAAAAAGAGUAAAAAAUCCACUUUGAGAUUCAGUUCAGUUCAGUUCAGUUUGUGCUUACUAAUUCGUAUUGGAAGCCAUUUUUCAAGCAUUUCCUAUUAGAUUUUCUGUAUUAGUACACCUUUUCGUUAGUGCUUAUAGCCAGCGCCAUCUGGUUGAAAUCGGCAAAAGCUAAUCGUAUCAGCGUUCGUUUACAAACAUACGGCACAAAACUCCGGCUACUUUUCUAAACCGGGGUUUAUGAAACCUUCUUUGCUCAAAGGAUAGUUGUUGUCCCGUUUGCUUAGCGGCGAUGACCUUCACUGCGUCUACCGCGCAGUUCUUCGGGAGGGGUUCGUAAAAGCAAAACCUAACCUAUUAGUAGAGUACACUAGUUACGUUUCAGCAGUCGAUGCGGUUGUGAUGAUUUAGCAAAAGAGAAGCAAAAGCGAACAGAGCAGUUGUGUUGUUGUUUGAUUUAGGUUUAUAAUUUGUGUAAGAAGAAGAGAGAAAAAAAACACAGCAAACAAAAUUGAGUCGUGAUUAAGGAUUGUUAAGGAAACAGAAAACGCUUGCGCUUUUCGAAGGGAAUUGGUGGUUUUCAGCUGUCGAAAUUAGGAGUCGAAAAUAAUUGCGCGGAGCUGAUUCGCGUGUGCGAUGAUAGUAUUGUUGAUUAUAUUUGAUUAAAAAAACAAGGGUUAAGCCAAAAAGCGUGCUUAGGAUUGCAACAAACGUUUGCAAUGUUGUUUUGAAGAAAGCAAAAAAAAGGUGACCCAUUGAAACAGGUUAGUGAGUUUAGAACGAGGGAACGUUUUCGGUCCCCGCCCCACAAAAAUGGGUCCGCAUUGUAUUAAUUACCGCACCCCGCAUUGGGUGGACAUUUGCAUUGCUCCAAACGGUUUGUUUGCCGGGUGCGCUUUCCACGCACGCCCCUCCAACAGCCGCCCCGUUGUACUGAAGCGCUCAGCUACGAUGUUAUAAACUGUGUCUUUGUUUUGAUUGUAUACUACACAGUAAGCCAUGGCUCUUCGGUCGUCAGACUCUAAAUGCCGCUCAGUGUCCAGUGCUCAGUGUGCGUGCGUGCAUGUAUGUGUGUGUGCGUAUUUACUCGAUGUGUUUAAUAAGCAGUGAGUCGAAGGACAAACUUAGAGAUGUAAGCAAACACACAUACACAUUACCACUACACACCACUAACCAGGAACGUGCUGGACCGUUUCUCCGGCCCAGCCUGUUUUGUUUAGUGGGUUGAAUUCUCCAGAUGCCAAAACUAGUUAAACCAUGCAUAGCUCACUAGAAAGGACCGAGGGAGGGGGGAACCCCCCCCCCCCCGGAAUUCGAGUCGCUCAAAGGAAUUUUGAAACCCUCUAGCACACCAGCGCAAAGGGGCAAAUGGUAUGGAACAAAUAAUAAUAAUACUAAUAAUAAUAAAUAAAAAAUAAUGAUAAACAAUAAAUGUAACCUUUGUACACAAACACACACAAAAUGAACAUUGCAGAUUAAUUUUGAUAGAAUUGUACAGGAUAAUCAGUUUGUAAAUCGAGGUCUCCCGCAAUGCGGACACCCGGACAGCCCGCACAUGCUCGGGAACGGGACGGGCGGGCGGGAGGACACGUGGCGUCCUCCGGGACCGUGGGUUAAGAAAUUGAACUCACAAACACACGCAAACUCACAUAAAGAGCGAAAGAAGCAUUAGGUGUGAGCAGAAGAAGGAGGGACAUGUUUUUUAAUGUAUACAAAAUAACUCUACAGACAUAUACUUAUAUUACCCUAGCGGAGAAAAGAACAAAUCGCAUGUGCGUGCGUGCGUGUGUGUGUGUGUUUGUGUAAUGUAUGAGUGCAUGUUAAGUGUUUAAUAAGCGAAGGCUGAAGGCGAACAAAAUAGUGCAAGUGAGAUGAAAUAUUAAAUAAAUUUACUAACUUAAUGGCACACACUACCAAACACACAUAUGGCAGAUAAAUGCUGCUGCGUCAGUUCCCAACCUAUGGAUGUAAAUGAGUGUUAUCUACUUUAUACUGUGACCCUUACCCUCCUCCCCCAGCUCCCCCACCAUCCCGUUUCCUAACCCGUUUCCCCUCAUGUCCCUCGUCCGUAAAAUGAGCCGUUGUGAAAAUGCUUUAGAACAAGGACGCUUUUUUCGUAUUCAAGCUGUAGCAACAACUAGGGUCAAUAAUAUUAUACACAUGGACGAGAUUGAGGGUUGAUGUGCGAGCGUGUGCAUCACUAAAUAAGUAUCUAUAUAAUCGAACUAUUACACACACACGUGGGAACGUGGCGGCCACAUUCUGUAGCUAAGUGUGUUGAUGUUGAACAAUGAGGUGAGAGGUUUUAGUUUUCCUUUUCCAGCAAGCCAUUUGAUUCGUUGCAUUUCCGUUGAACGUAGUGAAUACAAUUAAACAAAGAAGGGCGCGGUUACGAGACGCAAAACAGGUCUAAAAUCGGUACAUUUUUGUUCUCCAACGCGACAAACACGUGAUUAGUAGUGAAACGAAAGAUGAUCGCAAACUAGCAGAUCAUUUAAGACCGAAAAACAGACCGAACUGAUGCGACAGGAUUUGGCCUCAGCUAGAAGGGACAGGAGCAACACAAAAAAAAACAAACCAAAAAGGCCAUUUGGGAAGGGUUUGCAAAGAGAAAGAGGUAGAAAGAGAGAGAAGGAGUGUUUGUCAGAGAGAAAAUAUAUACAAACUUACAAGAAAGCAGUGAAAGUGGAAGAAGAGAACAGAAAGCGUGAAAAUAAACUUAUAUUUAUUUUUAUAAAUUAGAAAACAAUAAAGGACAAACGACACAACAACAGAAGAGAACAUUAAAUGUGUCUCGACAAAAGGGAGUGAAAAAAAACUAAUGUUUGCCAUGUUGGCUUGUCCCAGACAACCGUGGCACUAAAUGAAAUUGAGAAAAGAAGGAGAAGGAAGAAGAAGAAAACGAAAACAAUAUAUAACCAAAACGAGAGAACACUAACAAGGUAUCCUAAACGAUAGAGCCGUACGGGCGCCAAUUGAGAAUUGAGAGAACGGUUGAAAGAAGUCGGUAAAACCAAAACAUUUAACAGUGUGAGUGUUUUUUUUUAGUGUAAGAAACGUAUUGAAGCUAACCGAUCCUGUAAACCAAAUUAAGAACAGCAGAAGAGAAGAGAAAACCAAACAACUUCAACCAAAAUAGAAGGGUUGAAAGUGGCAAAGGAAAGGUUUAACAAUAGACACUGUUAAAAACAAAACCAACAUAUAUAUAUAUAUAUAUAUAUAUAUACAUACAUACAUAAUUUAAACAAGAAGGAAAACUCGCGAAAAAGAGUAAAGCGAGAACAUACAUACAGUGGACGGAUCCAACGUGGAAGUGAAAACAUGCUUUAAUGACUUCUGUGUACAUAUGAUAAUUUAGUGGCCAACAUGAAACAUUGUAAAACACACACUAACACUAACACACACACACACACCCAUAAGCCAUCAACCAUUCUGAUAAAGAAACAAAUAAGAGACGAUAAGAAGAAAAGAACGCUUAGCAGGAAAAAGGAAAAGUAAAGACCACUUUACUGUUGUGAACAGAAAGGGAGCAGAAGGAAUGGUGGGUGUCUGUGCUGAAAUGGCUGCAUUUGAAUGCCCCGAUGUAGUGAAAUAGCGGAAGCAGAAAAAAAAAUCACAAACUUCUAAAUACCGUCUAAAAAAAAGAUAAACCGUAUGUAACUAAAAACAAGAAAAGAAACAAAAAAACCAAAACACACCCACCCCCCAAUGAGUCCCAAUGCCAUGCAACUUGCUGGUCAGGGGUAAAAACCGGGGGAAUAUGCGGCAGGGUAGACAUUAUUGGGAAUCGUGAUCGUAAACGAAAGGAAAGGAACAGCGCAUGGCGAGAAGAAGAAAAAAAAAACAAAACAAAAAUAUUAAUGUUAUUUAUUUAUUGAUAUUUAUGUAAAAAAAGAAGAGUAAAAAAAGGAAAAACAACAAAAAAAUAAAAAUAAACUGAAAAACAACAAACAAAACAUACGAACACACACAUACACAUACACAAAACUACCAAUACUAAUAGGAAAACGACUGAGUGUCUCAAUGAACACGAUGAGAGGAUUGUGGGGGGGAUGGAUUCUUUACGACUCGACAGAGAAGAAGAAGAAGAAGAAGAGAAACAUUCGAACAGCAUGAACGAACGAAAGGAAGCGAUGGAAAGAGGAGAAAAACAUACACACACAUACACACUGUUAAUACUGGACGGUACAGGAAUUGUGAAGAUGCACAACACAAAAAGAUGCAUCAAACGAAAAGGUAAAACAAAGUACACACUUACACAAACACACAGAUAGACGAAACAAAAACAACAACAAAACAGUACACUUGCAGCAACACCAGAGAUAAGCAGAAGAGUCGUACAUACAUUAUUGCCGAAACCCCCCAUCCAGAAAGGAAACCACCCGCUCACCAAUGAAAGAGGGAGCGAACAUGAGGAAGAAGGAGACAGACAGAGAGAGAGAGAGAGAGAGAGAGAGAGAUAGAAAGAAUGUUGUAAGGAAUCUUAUCAUAACUGACUAAUAAACAAAUAAUGACAAACAAACCGUGAAUGUAAA